AGAGCUGAAAAGAGAUGGCAGAUCAACUGGUCUAAAAAGGGGUCUAUUUAAAGGCUAGAGUAUACAAAUUAAUUUUUAAGAUGGUGUCAUGUCUGUGUUAAUCAUGUUUUUGUUUGGCCAUGUUUUGAUUGGUUUUUGGACUUUUUUUUUAGUUCCUGGUUUCACUUCCUUGUUUUGUUUGGUUUCCAUGGUCACCCAUUAGUUUUCACCUGCCAUGUCACGCACCUGUUUCACGUUUAGACUCAUAUUCACACUCCUGCCACUCUGUUCACCCUCAUGCUGAUGAUCCAUGCUGCUUUUUUUCAUGCUUUUUCUCAUGCCAACUAAUAAAGGGCUGGCAAAACUCCCUCCACGGACUGAAUAAAAGGCUCCACCGUGCUGCUGUUGUUUGGGUAUUUCCGAGUUAUCCGGUGUGUGGUUCCGUUCGAUCAAGAUGACCAGGUUGACAAUACUUGCAGGCUUGUGUCUGGUGAUAUGCCAGCUGGGAUCAGCCACCCAGAUGAUAUGCUACUUCACGAACUGGUCCCAGUAUAGACCUGGCGAGGGGAAGUACAUGCCACAAAAUGUGGACCCCUUCCUGUGCACCACCCUGAUCUACGCCUUCUCUAUCAUCAACCCUAACAACGAGUUGGUUAUGUAUGAGUGGAAUGAUGACGUGCUGUACCAGUCCUUCAACGGCUUGAAAACUAAGAACCCUCAUCUGAAGACUCUUCUGGCUGUUGGUGGAUGGAACUUUGGUUCACGGCAGUUCUCCAUUGUGGUAUCCAACCAGGCCAAUCGUCAGAAGUUCAUCCAGUCUUCCAUCAAAUUCCUGAGGACUCAUGGUUUCGACGGUCUGGAUCUGGACUGGGAGUACCCCGGAGCUCGCGGAAGCCCGCCAGAAGACAAGCACAGGUUCACUUUGCUCUGUCAGGAACUUGUUCAAGCCUAUGCGGCUGAGGCCAAGGCCACGGGCAACACUCAACUGAUGGUGACCGCUGCAGUGUCUGCUGGCAAGGGGACAAUCGAUGGAGGAUACGAAAUUGCUGAGAUUGCCAAGGAACUGGACUUUAUCAAUGUCAUGACCUACGACUUCCACGGAACUUGGGAGCGCUUCACAGGACAUAACAGUCCUCUGUUCCGUGGUUCCCAGGACUUUGGGGACCUCAUUUACUUCAACACCGACUACGCUAUGAAGUACUGGAGAGACAAUGGCACGCCGGUGGAGAAGCUGAGGAUGGGUUUUGCCACCUAUGGUCGUACCUUCCGUCUGACAUCAGCAGACACUGGUGUUGGAGCUCCAGCUAGUGGACCUGCAGCUGCUGGUCCAUUCACACGAGAAGCUGGGUUCUGGGCCUACUAUGAGAUCUGCGGCUUUCUGAAAGGCACUCAACUUCAGUGGAUCGACGACCAGAAGGUGCCCUAUGCCACUAAAAACAGCGAGUGGGUGGGAUUUGACACCAAGGAAAGCUAUGAGACCAAAGUCCGUUACCUGAAGGAGCAAAGGUUUGGCGGUGCUUUUGUGUGGGCCCUUGACUUGGAUGACUUUGCUGGACGAUUCUGUGGCGAGGGCAAACACCCUCUUCUGUCUCACCUUCGCAAACUUCUCAAUAUUGAGCUGCCCCCACUUCCUCCGACCACGACCCCCAAGCCCGGCGCUAGCACCACCGCCCGUCCCACCACGACCACCACAGUGACCACCCAUGCCCCGGGAUCCGGGUUCUGCAACGGCAAACCCGACGGCCUGUACCCCCACCCAGACGACAGGGCCAGCUUCUACAUGUGUGCAGGUGGCAUCACUCACGUGAGGCAGUGUGGAUCUGGAUCUGUCUACGAUGACGGCUGCAAGUGCUGCGUGUGGCCAUGAGCGAUAAUUGG